AUGAGGGACUUUUCCAAUAUUCUUAUCCAACCAUAUUUAGUGAUUACGGAAGAGGGUCGUGUAAACCUGUCGCUGCUCAGCAACCAUCCCUGCGAGAGCCCCGCAAUCGGAGAUUUGGGCUUGCAAAGGUCGUCAGAACGUGAUUCAACCCUCGAUUCGGCACUCACAGAUCGACUAUUCCCCACUUCUGCCGCAGCGCUGACUAGACGAAAUCUCUCUUCCCCCAGCCUGGAGACCGGCUUCGGCUCUGUAUCUUGCACCAGCGUCAUGGCUACAUGUGAUGUCGGGGUCAGCAAGUGUGUCGGCACCAGC